CUUCAGUCCGUAAAUUUAAGCAUGAAAGUUUUAAAUUUCUAUAUUUUUAUUUUUCCCAAAACAAGGCGUUUUCCUAUGUUAAAAAAUGAAAAGAAUUAAAUCGGACCAGUUGAAUGGAUGCUUCAGUGAUUAUGUGAAGAGACGUGUCUAUUCUGAUGAACCAGCACAGUCAAAGAAAUCUAAAGAAGGUCAAAAUACCAUGAGUAAGAUGACAUUAAGGAGGAGUACCCAGAAGGAUACUGGAGUUGGGGAAGUCUUGAGCUUUUCCAGCAUAUCUGGGGAUACUACUUCCUUUGAUCUACAGUAUACAAAGAUUAAGAAAUUCAUUCUUGAAUCACCAGAACCUAUGCAGAGUGAUCUAAAAGAAAUCCUCUACCCAUUGUUUGUCCAUGUAUACCUAGAGCUGCUAUGCAAUGGGCACAAGACACCAGCACAUAAGUUCUACAGCAGACACCACCUUUACUUCAAGGAACAGAAUGAAUAUUCAUCUGUAUUGGAAGCCCUCUCUAACAUGUUUAACAAGGAAGAUGUCAUUGCAGACAAGGAUAUCAAUAGCAUGAGAGAGAACAAGUAUUGCCUGCAAGUCCCCAUGGCUACUAUAGAGUACCUGCUGAGGUACAUCAAAAAUGGUGAUAACAUGUUACUGCUGCAACUCUUCAACAAACACAUACAUCUCGGUGCCAAUCUUAAAUCAUCUAUGAAUCUUGAUCUAAAAGCUGACAAGGAAGGUAAAGGAGGUACUCUCCCAUCACCACCUGAGAAUAAAGUAAUCCAUAAUGAGGAAAUGUUGAGUGCAUUGAAGAAGAGCAUAAAGACAAUCAGGGAUGGACCACCAUGCUUAACAUCUAUAUGCUUAUAUUCAUUUCUGAAUGCAUACCAGGGGAUGUGUUCAUCAUGCAUAUCCAACAACAAUAAGUACCUGUGUGCUGGAUUCGAGGAUGCUGCUAUCCGUAUGUGGAGUCUCACUCCAGACCCCAUACCCUCCCAGGCUGUCACUGACAAUGUGGCUACAGUACACCUGUCAGGGGACUACAUUGAAGACAUCAUAGAUAGAAAUAGACCUCCAGAGCUAGGUGAACAGAAAGUAAUGAGAGGUCAUGCAGGUACGGUGUAUAAAGUCACCUUCACACCCGACUCCAAUUAUAUUCUCUCUGCUGGGGAGGAUACUACAGUUCGACUGUGGGACUUAAGUACACAUACUAACACAGUUGCUUAUAAGGGGCACACUUUUCCAGUGUGGGAUGUUGAUGCAAGUCCUCAGGGCACUUUGUUUGUAAGUGGAUCCCAUGACAGAACUGCCAAACUGUGGAGCACAGACAGAAUCUACCCCAUUCGGACAUAUGCUGGACAUUCCCUGGAUGUAGAUUGUGUGAAAUUCCACCCUAACAAUAACUAUAUAGCUACUGGGUCAUGUGAUAAAUCUGUGAGGAUGUGGAGCGUACAAGAUGCUAAGGCUGUGCGGCUGUUCCAGGGCCACAGGGGGACUGUCUUCACUGUAGCCUUUUCACCCAAUGGAAGAUAUCUUGCAUCAGCAGGCGAAGAUAGGAGAGUUAAAGUUUGGGACCUGGGAAGUGGCAAGCUGAUGAAAGAUUUAAGAGGACAUUCUGAUACAGUCUAUGCCUUGUGUUUCAACAAUGAGAGCACUUUGCUGUCAUCAGGGGGACAUGAUGGAGUCCUCAGAGUAUGGGAUGUACAGAAAACAGUAGAGCACUCAGGAAACCAAAGUGAAGGUCACAGUCCAGAGUUGCUGGCUUCUUAUCCUGUAAAAUCGACUACCAUAAACUAUGUGCAAUACUUGCCUAACAGUCUCCUCUUGGCAGUUGGUAAUCUAUCAUGACAUAUGCAACAGUCUCUUCCUGGUAAAGAGUAAUCUAGAAUGACACAUUCAACAGUGUCUUCCUAGUGUGAAUAGCCUAGAAUGACACAUACAACAAUGUCUUUCUUGAAGUGGAUGAUCGAGAAUGACACAUACAACAGUCUCUUCCUGGAAGUGGAUAGUCUCAAAUGACUUAUGCAACAGUAUUUUCAUGGAACAUUCCCGGAUGUUGAUAGUCAAGAAUUACACACACAACAGUUUAUAUCUGAGAGGGACAAUCUCAAAUGACAUAAACAAAAGUCUCUUCCUGUGCAUAAUGCAGAAGUAUUCAUAAAACAGUU